AUGCCCGUCGUUGAUCUCCACAGUCAAGAUGACUUCGCAUCUAUCUUCUACACAACAAACACCACCUUCAACAAUGUUAGUGCGUUCGACCCAGAAAAACCCACUAUCAUCGUGCUACACCCACUGUUUCUGGAUUCUACAUGGUUAGAUAACCAAUUCUGUGACCCUCGGCUGUCCGGACAUUAUAAUGUCAUCGCAUUCGACAUGAGAACAUGUGGGAGGUCGCGAUGCAGGUCAAGUGGACGCCACGACAGCUGGGUUGACUCGGCCGAUUUGGCAUUUUGUUGUCAGAAGCUUCAUUUACCCCCUUGUCAUAUUCUGGCCUUCGAGAGUCUUUCCAUCAACUGCGCCCUUCGAUUCGCCGUGUUGUUUCCCGAAAUGUGUUUGACUCUCACUCUUUGCAACGUUCCACCACCCUCUGAACUUAGUUGGAUCUCUGCAACACUGAAGGAGUUGAUGCAGACCUGGUGCUUCGCUGAAGAUUUGGAAACCUGUGAACUUGCCGGCAUGGAGAGCGUCAAUUUCCUUUUUGGACCGGAAUGUGAUUCCGAACUACGAGACGAGCUCAUUGCGUUUUGGCAAAUGACCAUCCCACCUCGUGAGAGACCCAGAUUUGCGGAGACUGUUGGCGUUCUGAUGAAU